AUGGCUACACAUGCACGAUAUGACCUGGCUCUCGGACCACCAGUCCAUCCCGGAACUUGCACCGAUGCCAUCUGGAAUGAGUACCAACAAGCAUUGGGACUCUAUGCACGAUACCAGGGAGCAAUCCCCAAGCAGCCAGUGGCACGGGAAAAGAAGAUGGGAAAAAUCAAGGAGUUUAGGGGAGACAAACGAGAAUAUGCAUCGUUCCUCCAAAAUGUGGAACAAUACCUACAGGCAAAUGUGGGAGUCUACAAUGACGACUUCAGCAAAAUUGCCUUCGUCCUCUCCCAAAUCGACUCCUCAUCCACAGCAGGAAAGUGGGCCGAAUCAUGGGAAGCCAACCAAAUGGCAAAACACAGCAAUCUUGGGACGUACCAAGAUUUCAAAACGACACUUAUCGAAAAGUAUGGCGGCGUCGCAACCAAGGACCAAGCCUGGCAAGUACUUCUCGAAGGAAAGUACAAGCAGGACAAGCAAACUGUCGACGAGUAUAUCGGAAAUCUCGAUAUCCUCUACCGAUAUGCCGAAAUCGACGACGAAUACGCCAAGCUCAUCCAUUUCAAUCCGCCAACGACCUAUGCAGCAGCAUGCAAGGCCGCAAGAAAGGUCACAGACCUCCAGGACAUUCAUAGCGGAAAGACAAAUAUCUUCAAGUUCAUCUCAGGCUCUUCAGGAAGCGGAAGAAGGACGGAGAAGGACCCUGACGCAAUGGACGUUGACCGGAUCUCCUCAGAAACCCAUCAGAAACGUUCUGUGGGUGGACUCUGCUACAACUGCGGAAAGUCAGGACAUGUCGCCGCACAAUGCCCGAAUCCAGAAUAUGAUCCAGCACCAGAUCGCUCAGGAAAGACAACUUCAUAUGCCAAGACCAAGACGUCCAAUUCCAGGAUGAAGAAAUACUCCGGAUCUGGCAGACGAAGAAAGACUUCCAAGCUGACUAAAUCUUACUCCAAGGGAACGGAGAAGAAACGCCGACGAGUAAAGAGAGUCGAAGAAAGCGACUCUGAGGAUAACUCAGAGGAGUCGGAACAGGAAGAAUCAGAAUCCUCAUCAUCGGAAGAAUCAGAAUCUGAAUCAUCGGAAUCUGAAGAAGUAUCCGAAUAA